AUGAGCACCUCAUCUCCUUAUCCUCUGGUGUGUGCCAGAUUCUCGGGCACAGCGCUGGACUGGCUGGGAUCCACGCACGCUAGUAAAGUAGCAGGAAAGGUCGAUAUGCAUACUUUCGCGGCCAUUAAAUUUCCGGCCGAGGACCUUGUGCCUCCUUUCCAUUUCCCCGCCGAGUGUUUAGCUAUAAUCUCUAGCUUAAGACCCCCAGAAGAAUCACCUUUCUACGUGGCGAUCUGGCCAAACCAAGAUGGCCAUCGACCUGCCAUCCGUAUAGAACCGUCCUUGCCGUCUCCGGGAAACUUAUACGUGCAUACCACCUCAUUCGUCACUAUCAAGGCACAGCCCGGUAUCCCUUCUAGUGCAUCGCAGUAUGUCGUUGCAGAAGAGGAUAGAAAUCGGCUCGUACAGUAUAUGGACGAAGAUUAUACGAAUUUGUCCGCAUGGAUUGCAGAAGAACGGAAGAGGAAAGGGAGAACUGGUACUGACGAGCCGGUCGCACCAGACUGGGAUACGUUCAGCGGGCCAACGCAUACAGAAACUAUGAACAGGCCAUUCACUGCCGAGAUCGAGCUGUCCGGCAUCGAAACUUUGGACAUAUCAUCAUCGCUAGCUGCACCCUACGAUGACCUGGAAAAGAUGGAGCGAAUAAUCAGCGACUACUCGUGGCGUGGAGCCUCUGCUGUGAUCAAUUUAGUGAGAGAAUAUCACAAGGUAGCGUCCGACAUCCCUCUCUUGACUAUUUUUCUAAGCAGUGUCACGCAGACGGAAAGUAUUUCUGUUUCGGAAUUCUCCGCCUUUACAAAGGGCAGCGGCGGUACGCCAGAGGAUGCUGUGAAAGGUUCAAGUGCCGCGGAGUUAUGCUCCCUGACCGCUGUGAUUGGGGGAGACGUGCCUGCCACCAUCGUCAUCAAGCCCGAGGAUGUCCCUGGUCCUGUAGGCUGGGACGAUGACGACAACGACGAAGACUGGGAACCGGAGCUCCCAGAGGCUCCUGAGCAGGAGGGCUUGGAUCUCAAUGAAGCUGACUUGUCCGCUAUACGCGUAAUCUGCUUCGAUAUUUAUGGUAGUCUGAUCGAUCGGGAGGGAGGUCUCUCCGAUAUGGUGCGCUCCAUCGCAAAGGACACCGACAUCCCCAUAGCAUACCCCAUUCCCGAUAUCCUUGACAGGUACAUCGAGCAAGAAGCGUUGCGUAUCCGGAAGACACCAGGAGCGCCAUAUAGCGAGGUCAUCAUGGCCGCGAUACGGGAUGUCAUCCCCGCCGGCAUAGCGGACAUAGGUAAAUGGGACGCCACCGCUGUAUUCACUUGGAGGCUAUGGCCCGAAGUCAGUGACACGCUGCGACGGCUUCAAGCGCGCGGGUACCGGCUUGUCGCACUCCCGAACGUCGAUCCCGAUACGUUCUCGCACGUACAACCGCAGCUGGAGACUGCCAUACGAUUUGACGCCAUUGUCGAGACAUCCUCGGCUGAGGGUAUUUGCAUGGCCAAGGACGACAUUUAUAACGCCGUGAUUGCAAAGUGUGCGGAUUCGUUCCAAGCGACUCCUGGAGAAAUACUGGUGGUCAGUACGGCAGCUUAUAAAUGUUUGGAGCCAUCAGCCUUGCUUGGGAUGGCCACAGCUUGGGUUCGUCGUGAAGGCACGCUUGAAGGGCGAGAGGAGUUGGCAUCCCUUGUGGCGCCGAAGCCAGCAGUCACAGUAAAGGACCUUGAGCAACUGUCCGAAAUACUGCAGUCGGAAAAUGAGGGAAAGGCGGAGAUUGGAAAUUACAAUAAGAUAUGA